AAUUUUGACCCCAAAAAUUAUUUCAGCCCAAGAAGACUUUCCUGUCCAACUAAAAUUCAUUUUGACCCGCCCGUAUAAUUUAACUACCAUUUUUCAUCGAUUUUAUUUCCUUAUCUCUGUUUCUUGGCCAGCAACUUCCUCUCAUCCAACUUCUGGGAAACCAAGCUUCUAAGAAACCCAUUCCCCAUUCAUCAAAGUCCUCUCUUUCUUCCAUUUCGAAGCAAUUUCUUCACUCUUAGUCGAUAACCCAUUUGCCAAAUUCCUGUAUUAGAUUACAUACCAGCAAGAGAAUUGAGGGGAAAAGAAAGGGGAAGGAGCAUUGAUUGGAAAAAUGAUUGAAUAGUGUUGUUUCUUUCAAAUGUUCAUCUCUUAGUACUGGUACUAUUCAAUUCAGCAACAAUCCCGUUACGCCACUCUGUCUAUUAUAUCUAUCAACAUUUCAAGUUUCAACAACAAUGGCCUCUUCACUUGCUGUUUCCUCACCAGCUUCAACUAGCAAUUUGAAACCCCUAUUUCUUGGAAAUGCAAUACGCAGUCUUCCUCCUGGUGGUGUUAGUAUUGCCAAGAGGAGGAGGGAUUUGAUUGUGGAAUGUAAAGAGUCUAGGGUUGGCAAGCAACCAAUUCAAGUGCCCACAAAUGUUACCCUAACCAUGGAGGGUCAAGAUUUGAAAGUGAAAGGUCCAUUAGGGCAGCUUGCAAUCACUUACCCCAAAGAAGUUAUAUUGGAGAGGGAUGAAGCUGCUGGCACCCUUAGAGUCAGAAAAGCUGUCGAAACUCGAAGAGCCAAUCAAAUGCACGGGUUAUUUAGGACUCUUACUGACAACAUGGUAGUGGGUGUAUCAAAAGGAUUCGAGAAAAGACUCCAACUGGUUGGGGUGGGUUACCGUGCUGCGGUUGAAGGAAAAGAUAUAGUGCUGAGUCUCGGGUUCUCUCAUCCGGUUAGGAUGACGAUUCCUGAUGGGUUGCAGGUGAAGGUUGAAGAAAAUACGAGAAUCAUUGUGAGUGGUUACGACAAAUCUGAAAUCGGACAAUUUGCUGCUUCAAUUAGGAAAUGGAGGCCUCCAGAACCAUACAAAGGCAAAGGUGUCAAAUAUGCUGAUGAAGUUAUUAGAAGAAAGGAAGGCAAACAAGGGAAGAAGAAAUGAUUGGUUCUGCUGAAUUUCGUGUAUCUUGGUAGUUUCAGGUCUUGAUUUGCUGAAAUUUAAAGUUAAUUUCAGAACUGGCUGGCUUUUGACAAUCCCACCAGCUUCAAGUUCACUCUGUCUCUGAAUUUGAGUACACUUCUAAUGCGGCAUGAACAUUUACUGUCAAUCCUGUAAGCUGGUUCUUCGUAUGAGAAUGUAGUAUACUUUGUAGAGUUGAGGUUUUUUUUUUUUUUUUUUUUUUUGGUUUUUUGAAGGAGGUAGACUUGAGAUGUUGAAUGCAUACUAAAGUAAGCAAGGACCAAAAAUUGACUUGAAGCAAAAAGGAGUUUUAAUAUUUUCUGAGG